GACAACUUCCUCAGCAACCAAGAACUACCAAGAGGGAAACAACCAUCACAUUGAAGUCAUCCAGAUCAUCAUUCAAAUCAAUCGCAAAGAAACUCAACUUCAAUGGUUCAGCUUUCGAUCGAAACUCUUUCUCAUGUCAUUCAAGAUUCAAUUUCAACUUUAAAAGGUUGUUUCUGUCAACCAGAUGCGACCCUAAAGCUCAAUGGACGUACAUUCAAAAUCAUCAAAUUACUUGGAGAAGGAGGGUUCUCCUAUGUUUAUCUUGCUGAAGAUUUAUCUUCUAGAAGAUUAUUUGCUUUGAAAAAAAUUAGAUGCACACUUGGAAGUGAUAGUGUUAAAGAAGCAUUAAAAGAAGUUGAAGCUUAUAGACGGUUUCGACAUGCGAAUAUCAUCAGGUGUCUGGACUCUUGUGUGAUACAGGAUAAAGAUGGAGACGGGAAAAUAGUGUAUUUAUUCUUACCAUAUUACUCUCGAGGGAAUUUACAAGAUUUGGUCACUACUCACUCUGAUAAUUCAACAACAAUACCCGAACGCGACAUUUUAGGUUAUUUUAUUGGUACUCUGAAAGCAGUCAGAGCAAUGCAUCGAUAUACACCUAACAAGAAACCCACAACAAAUCACACCACAGAAACAACCUCUGAUUCAUCUUCUUAUCCUCCUAGUGGAUCGCCCAAGAACUUAGGGAACGUAGUAUCUUCACCUUCGAUAGUUAUCAGUCCUUCAACUAGUUCAUCCCCUAUUCAUGAUGACGAAGAUGAUGACGAAGAAGAACAAAUGGGGAAAACAGAAGAAGAACAACAGGAAGCUCCCUUGAUGGGGAAUCUUUCGUCUCAUGCGAAUGUGGUCGAACCAUGGGCUCAUCGUGAUUUGAAACCGGCUAAUGUGAUGAUCAGUGAUGAAGGUCAACCUAUCUUGAUGGACUUUGGAUCUGCUGUGAAAGCUAGAGUUGAGAUCCCUAAUCGAUCAGUUGCUCUACAACAGCAAGAUUUGGCAGCUGAACACUCCUCAAUGCCUUAUCGAGCCCCUGAGUUGUUUGAUGUCAAAACAGGUGAACCAUUAACUGAAGCUGUAGAUAUUUGGUCAUUAGGUUGUGUUCUAUACUGUUUAGCAUAUGGACAUUCACCGUUUGAAACAAAUGAUACGAUUGAACAAGGUGGUAGUAUGGCUUUAGCUGUGAUGAAUGGUUCAUGGAAGUUUCCUUCGAAGGAUCAAACAGGUUAUAGUGACGGAUUGAAAACUUUGAUCAAAGAAAUGUUGGUUUUGGAUCCUAAACUUAGACCGACGGUUGAUCAAGUCUUGAAGAAAUCUCAAAGUUUACUUCAAGAUUAAUCGUCUUGAUAAAACAUAUUUUUUUCUUUCAAAAAGAUGAUAUUGUGUGUCAUUUAAAAGAUCAUCGCACUAUUCUUGUGAAACAAAUUAAAGACUUGUGGGUUUAUGUUGAUCAUGAUAUCUUUUAUGUGAUUAUAGAUCAGAUGCAGAUGAUAUCCCCGAAUUUUUAUCAGGAAAUCGUUUCUGUUUUGUAUUUCACUGAAAAAGAAACUCACGUUUUUUAUAUUUUAGUUGUAUUUAUACUAUCUACUUACUCUAUCAACUUUUCUGGGGCUUUAUUCGUGAUACUCAGUAAGAGGACAAUCGAAGCUUAACGUUGAACACCAUUGGGUGAUC